AUGACCAUUCAGACACAAGGGUUGAUCCAAUUUCAGGCAAGUGACAAAGAGAGCAUCCUCAACAGCAAUGGCGGCGAGGGCUGGCGACGGGCUCGAUAUGUACCUCUUGAAACUACAAACGCCCACACAGGCCCACGUAAAUGUUUGUCCAGUCGAGUGGCGCUCUACAAACAAUGUGAAGAUAGGCAAGAGCACAAAGAGCCAGCUUGGUGCGAGGAAUAA